CCCCGAGUCCAGGACCCAGGGGGAGGAGUUGGGCUGAGUAUGGGGCCCAGGAAGAGUUGGGACAAGGGAGUAGAAAGUUGGGGCUGAGUUGGGGACAGGACUGAGUUGGGGGACCGGAGAAAGAAAGUGGGGGCGGACCGGCUCCGGGGGCACAUGACGGCGGCGCCCGCCCCGCCCCGCGCCCGCCCCCUGCCCGGCCGCGGGGGAGGAGACGGGGAGGUUUUAAAAGCGAUUCGACCCCGCGGCGGGCCGGACUGUGAGUGGGAUGGAGCGCGGUCGGCGACCGCCCCCGGCUUGUUUCGGCCCCGCCGCCCGCCCGCCUGUGUCUCCGGCGGCCGGGCCAGGGCGGCGGCCGGAGCCCCGAGUGCCGGCUCCCCUCCCCCGUGGCCCCAGACUGACCUCUGACCCCAGCACCGGACUUGACUGCUACCAGAGCCCCCAGCCGUACACUGACUGUCCUGUGCAACCCAGCCAGGCCCAGACCCAGUGCCAGCUGCUGGCCCUGCCCGGUGCCCCCCCCCCACCCCUGUGCCAUGGCCGGCUGGGGUUCCUGGGGAUGGGAUUUGCUGCCUGUCACAAAUCACAUUGCCAGGGAUUUCCAACCGACCCUGAGCCCUGCCUCUGGGGCCACCGCUGUCACUGCUUCUGCUGAGGACACUGACCCAGGGAUGGGGAUGGGGUGGCAGAGAGGCCUCCACCGCCUGCGUCUGGCCUGGGGAGCAGGGCUUAGCUGCUUGUGAGCAGGUCCACAGCAAGUCGUGUUCACAGUGGCUAAGUUCCGCCCCCCGGGGCCCCGCCUCCUCUGGCCCUGCCACCUCUCCCCUCCGCCUGCCUGUCCGACCUCCCGGCCUCCCUGGGCUCUGCCUCCCGUGCCUACUGAGCUGAAACACAGUUGAUUUGUGCAGACUGGCUCAGUUCAGCAGGAACAGGAGUCAAGCCCCCUUGGAGUCUUCGGCCCCUGCCUUCCUUGGGGGGGCCAGUCGCUGCCUGGGAGAAGAGAUGAGGACCCUGCCCUGGACCUGUGUCUGGAGGAGGAACUUGGGGACGAGUGGAGCCUGGGAUGGGAUGGGUGAACCCAGCUGUCUGCUGCAGGCCCCCUCCUCCAAUUCUGCACUUGGGGACCCUCACACAGUCCCACCUCAGGCUGGGCUGUGUUCCCAGGGAGGAUGGGUAAGCAGGCGGGUGGCCAGCCUUUCCAUGAAAAAAGGAAGCCAGCUGUGUCCCCGCAUGGCCGACCCUUGGCCCCUCCUCUCCCAAGCCUGGUUGGGGGAUGGCUGGCUCUCAUCUUCCCAGCAGUCAGUUACCCAAGAGGAAGCUGCCUUGGGCCCCCAGACCGUUAAAUGCCAACUCCGGGCUUCCGGAACCAGGCUGGCCUGACCUGAACCUGCCUGGCCCCUUCUCCCUGGGCCCUGGCGGCUUCCUAACUUGGGGGGGGAGGAGCCAUGACACCCUCCUGGCACGUGGGGCAGGGAAUGAGGUCCCUGUGGGCCCAAAGGACACAAGCAGGGCCCGCUCAGUCCUUGGGUGGUCCCAGGGCAUGGACGCGUUGAGACUUUGUCCAUCAUCUGAUGGAAUGGGGCUCUUUUGGGGGUGAGACUGGGGAGGCAGAGUGAAGCCCCCCGAGUUGGCUCAGUGUGCCUCUGUCCCGCUGGGGCAGGGGCAGACAGCAGCUUGGGGAAGUCUAUGCUGUGUGUCGAGCUUGUUGUCCAAUUAAAUAAAAGCUGCCCCCUGCCUCAUUCCUAAAGGUCUGGUGGUUUGUGAUUUAUUCUGGCCUCCAACCCUGGAGUUUCUGGCUUUUUGACUGGGGAGGGUUGAUUGGUCUGGAAUUUACUGUCCUGGCAUCCUGGGCUCCUGACUUCACCGGAUUCUCAUCGCUGCCCCACCUGCUCUGAGGAAGGUGAUAAUUUAGUCACAUGGGCGGAAAGGGUGCCCUUGUCAUGGAAAGGUGACCUUGAGGAGUGUGCUAGGGAUGGGUGUUGACCCCGCGUGAAACCCUGGGCUGGAGGGACUGACUUUCAGUGUUGGUGUGGUGAUAGGGAGGAUUGUUCUUGGAGGGACUUAGAUGGGAUCACGAUGAGGCAAUGCCCCACAUCCAGGGCCGGGCGUGGGAGAGAAUGGGACCCAAUCUAAGCUGGUGGCUGGGGGUGACCCUGAGGGAAACACUGGACAUUUGGGGAUAACUGGGACCUGAAGGUUUUGAUCUAGAGACAUUUGGGGAUGACUUAGACAUAAGGGACAACUUGGGCUGGGGGUAAGAUUUGGGGUGUCUGGUAUCUGAGAAGGCUGGCGGGGAACUUGGGCUUGAGGUGUGUCUAUGGGCCCAAGGGGGACAUCUGGCUGUGACUGGGACCUGAGUCGCGCCCUAGGUCUGUGGGAAACAUCUGCAGAUGACUUUUAGAGGUGAGGGGCACAGUAAGGGGCACCCCAGAUCUGAGGAUGUUUGGAGGCAGCUGGGACCACAAGGGCCAAAGCUGAUGUAGAGCGCUCAGAACUGCCAUUCCUCCCCUCCCCGGCCUGCAGGCGGCACUGAGGAGCGUGCG